UUACGAAUCGUAUUCUCCCAUGAAAUGCUUGUCCCGCCCCUUGCUGAGCGGUAGUGUCACCAUGGCAACGACAGUGUUUGAUUGGUGAGGUCUUUCUCUAUCAACAAGAAGUGUACAAACGGACGCUUCCUCUGAUUUGUCAUGGAAAUAGACGGAACAUGGCUGUUUUUUGUAAACAACCAUAAGCGUCCUCUUGUCUGAGACAUAAGAGCCAGAGCUGACGCUUCUGCCAAGAUGGAAGUGGUCCAGGCUGGUCCGCAGAUCCUGCCUGCGCCCCAGAGGAGGGGGACACCUCUGCCCCUGAGCCAGCUAGUGGAGGAGAGCCGCAGCAGAGCCAGCAUCCCCAAUCAUCUCCUCACGUCAAAAAUCUAUGCCAAACUGAAAAGCAACGGCCUGAUCCAAGCAGAACCCCCAGAGCUUCAUUUCAGUGGGUUCGCACUCGAGAAGGAUUACACAAAGAUCCUGAAUCUAAUCAACAUCUCAUCUGAAGUUAUGAAUAUUCAUAUCAUUCCCACCCAAACCAAGCACUUCCAAACAACUUACACUAAAAAGUAUCGACUUCUCCCCGGCCUUGCCUACACACUGAAGGUCAGAUUCUCUCCUGAUGAGUGGCGCUACUUCUACGAUUGCAUUCGGAUUCAUUGCCAGGGGGAUGAGAACCUGUUAAUUCCAGUUCAUGCUUAUCCGGUCAUCGAUGACCUGCACAUUCCUUCUCAUAUCCACCUAUCAGCUGUACCACUUGGACAAAGUGUAACCCAUGCUAUUCCUCUGAGAUGCAGCAGCCCUAUUGACUUUGAAUUCCAAGUGUAUGUGAUUCAGCCCCAUGAGGCCUUCUCCAUCCAUCCACUGGCAGGUGUGAUACCGGCCAAUGAUGAGGUGAAGAUCAUGGUGACGUUCAGCCCGUCUCAGUAUGAGACUUGUCAGGUGACCAUCCAACUGGUCGUAUCCCAGUUCAACACCCAACCCUACCUGUGUACCAUCACUGGGAGUUCUACCCCUUAUCUAAACAUCAGUCAGCUGGAAAAGAAGUUGGGCCGUGGCGAUGCGGCGUCUGCAGAAUGUAAAGGUCCAUCAUCUGCUACCCAAGUGCUACAUCGAAGGAAAACCAAAUCAAAGUCAAACGAGCAUGCUGAUAACUCAAAGAUAUUGAAAGAUCAGUGUGGACUGAAAGCUCUGGUGAAUGUCUGUACUCCUGCAGGUGUGGCAAAGAUGCUAAUCAGAGACACCAGUAAAAUCACCUCCAAAGACCUGAGGGAAGCCAUGUCCUGUGCCAAUGUAAGUGGUGUCCAAACUAAGCAGAUGAAGGAGGCCCUCUUUAAAAAAAAGGUUCAACAAAAUGUGAAGGAAGUGCAAGCUAACCACAGCAUAUGGCAAAUUGAUAUUGGUAAGGAUCCUAUGUCAGGCGAAGCCAGGAGGCAUAUAGCAGAGGAGAGAGAGAUCGCACUCCAUGAGUACAUGGCAAGAAGGGAAGAUGUAAGGAAACAGGAAAACAUCAUUAAUGGACAACCUAAACUUUUCUCCACACGGUUGCUUUUUAAAGCAGGACAGCCCCCAGAGGGAUCCCCAUCCUUCCAGUUCUACUCCAGUUUUCAGUGGGAGCUAAAACAACGAGCCCUCAAACUGUUCCAGCAGGCAGCACGCAAGGUGGUAAUACAGUGUCGCAUGAGCCACAGGCUGGCCUCUUUAAAAAAACUGGCAGAUCAUUUAAAGAACCCGCCCUCAGCACUGAAAGAUGAGAUAAUGCUUGAUCUGAAGAUCACACCGGAGAGAAUCUUUCCAUUUUCCUUUCCUGUCUUUCCUGAUGAAGAUGAGCCACUGGCUCAUCAUGGUUUGGCUACAGUACCUAUGGAUCCCAUCAAUCUGAUUGUAACAACAAAAAUUCCUUUGUUCAAACUUCAUGUUCCUCAGCACUACAAGCUCAUGGGCUACCAGCCUGUGUCAACAUGGGAAGCAUUUAAUUCUUACAUCCCCUCUUCGUUAGCCCGACCACUUCAAAGUGGAGCCCUGGAAGAGCUGGUGCUUGAUGAGGCUGAAGUCCAAGCCCGUACAUCAUUGGGGUCCCAAAUACAACAGGAACAGCAGCCAGGAAAUAACGAAGAGCGUGUGAUAGCAAAGCUGACUGCUGGUCUCACCUUCAGUGCCCCUGAACCUCUGCUCAGACCUUUUCCAGCAAACCCACUCAGAAUAUUUAACCCAGCUCCUGGCCUGCAGGCUUAUAAACCAACCCCCAAAUACCUAGAGUGUGACCCUGAGUUCUACCUCUGCCCUCUGCCAAGGUAUACUAUCCCUGAGAGAAGCAUGAUGCCACAAAUGCCACUCGCUCACAACAAGCCUCUAGAUUGCAAGGAAGCGUUCAAGGGGGUCAUGUUGUGGAAGGAUUUUGGUUCAGUUGCACUGAAAUGUCUGUCAAAGCAACCUGCUCUAAACAGUGACUGUGCACCGAGUAGGUCUGUCAACUACAGCACUGAUAUACUUCCACUCUCAGCACCACCUCCUCUCACUGCCCUUCCAGAUGAUAUGUCAUCACUAAUGGACCAACCGUGUGAGGCCCCAAGGGUGCGACUGACACCAGAGAUGAUCAGGGCAGAGUUUUUGACAGGAGAAGCUCUGGUCUCCAAUAGCAGCACUGGAGUGACAGCUAGGCACCUGAGGGAGCAUCAGAUGGAAGAGACUUACAGGUCUGAGGUCAACCAGAUGGCAAAAGGAGUGAUGUCUAGGCUGAAGCAACUUGGAGUCACUGACUGGACCCUGAGUGGAGAGAACAGGCAAAACACCGCACUCAUAUCAUGAGCGUCUGUACUGAUACAUGAAGAAGCAUAGUCACUGCAAACAAGCGUUAUAAAGUACUCGUUCUGAAACCCAUCCAAAUAAGACUCUACACUUUCUAGCCUGACACUGUAACAUAAAACCUUGUUACUUUAUCACCCACCUCAUAAGCCUCCUUCCACCCACUCAAAUUACCAGUCAGCUCCCCUCCUGUGCCUCUUACAAAGCCUAUAAAUUUGUUAUCCCUCCGCCCACUCUGAUCCAUAUAUAAGCACAGCUACAGUACAGUAUACUCUAAAAAUCUUGUCACAUUACUGACAAGUACAUUCAAUUAAACACGUUUUUCAUCAUCUCCAUACUGUUUUGUAUGGGGCUGUGGUGACUGUAUAUGUUUAUCUGUUCUGCCUCAUUAAUGCAUUAUACUUGAGUGUUGGAUCUAUUCCAAUUAAAUGUUUUUCAAAUUAAUUCCCACGCUUAGUCUUGAUAAGAGGAGAUACAUUAUUGAUUGGCAUUUAGAAAGAGAUUUUCAUUGCCAGGAAUUCUAAUUGGUGUCAGAAAAUAAUAUCAGAUUUUGAUUAGUGUUCAACUUCUAAUUUAACAGUUUGUUGAUGU